CUCGCUAAAGCACAGCUCUCGCGCUGCUGUCCGUCCCGUUAUUCUUUCCUCCAUACCGGAAGUCUAACUACGCCGCCGCUGUUGAUAUCUGUUCAAUGGCUAGAAACUAUGAAUUAACCGAGCUUUAUUCACUGGCCCUAUCGAGAAAACGCUGCGCGGUGUGCAGCGUGUCCUGAUUGAGGAUUGCUUGUUGCAAUGGUGCUAGAUCUGAGUGAGAACUGUGUGGAGAGGGCUGAUGGGGAGGACAUGGAUGCCACUCAGGAAGAUUUUCAAGAACCUAAGCCCAAUACAGAAAAACCUAAACCUGUCCCGAUCCAAGCAAAUUUUAGCCAUAUUACCCAGACAGACGGGCUGCACCACAAUGGGCCCUGUAGCACACCAGUGGAACAGAAGUUGCAGGGAGCGGAAGGAGAAAAUUGUGGAAAAAAUGAGAAAUCAGACUUCCCCAUGAAGAGGACAGAACCUCGAAGGCCAGCUAGUCUGGAGAUCAAACCACAGCGCGUUAGAGCAAAUAAUCAGUGUGAAAGGAAAGUAGUGCAGCCUCCAUGGCGUUACGGUGCACCCUCUCCCCCUACACGAAGCCUCACAAGCCCCAGUUUGGGACCUGGAGCCUGGAUGCGUCGGAGUGAAAGUACUUGUACUGUGAACUCUACAGUCCAGCCUAAAGCCACCAGAGGGCGAAUGCGGCCAGCUACAUCCCUGCCACAUAUUGCCCGGGGGCUUGCACCAGUACCCACACCUUCUGCACCACGUGGGCCAUGCUUACUCGUGGCUCUGAGGCCUAUAAAUCUCGAACAAGAGCGUCAGACCUUUUUUCAGUCUGACUAUAAGUACGAGCCCCAGUUUGAGUAUGCGGCUCCCGAGCCUGUUAGUGUCUUGGAGAAGUAUAAAGAAGGAUCUGGACUCUUUCUAUCCCAGGCAGUUAAUAUCAUGGAGUGUGUCCUGAGGAAGUUCGGCACCUACGAGAACUUCGAAGAAGUCACCGGAGGAAGCGUGUUGCCCAAGAGUCGAGUGUGGGCGACGGUGCGCAAGUACUUACAGAAAGAGGGCUGUGUGGGCGAGGUGGUGGUGUCUCUGUCUGAUGAGCUCCUGUCUCAGGCUGUGAUGAUGGUAGAGAGCUGCAGGCCGACCCUAACCAUAAACCUGUCUGGAGCACGGCAGCACUGGCUGGAAGGAAUGCUAAGACACGAGAUCGGUACACAUUACUUACGCGGCGUGAAUAACAGCAUGCAGCCGUGGGCCACUGCCGUCGGAAGGAAACAGUUUGGACUGAAGCCAGCCAAUCCGACAGAGGAGGGACUGGCCAGCAUUCACAGCGUGCUGUUGCGGAAGCAGCCCUUCUUGUGGCGAGCUGCUCUCCUCUACUACACCGUGUAUCAUGCGGCCAACAUGAGUUUCAGCCAACUGUUCAGCUAUAUCGCUCGCUUCGUGCAGGACCCUGCUGUACGCUGGGAGUACUGCCUCCGUGCCAAACGGGGACAAACGGACACCUCGAAACCAGGCUGUUUCAGUAAAGAUCAAGUCUACCUGGAUGGAAUUCUUAGGAUCUUGCGCCACAGGAGAAACAUCGAUUUCAAGAUGCUAGCCUGUCUGGGCAAGGUGUCCUACGAAGACGUGGAAAGGCUUCGUCAUCUUGCUGUCCUGCGGAGAACCAGGAUCCCUCACUUCAUGCAAGACCAAGAACGUUACCUGCAGCAGCUUGACCACAUCAUCGUGACUAACGAACUGAACGAUGCUGAGCUACAAGAGCUCAUUCCGUGAGGAUGAGUUUGAGUUCGGUUAAACAGGAACGUUUUUUUUCUGUGUCCAAGUUACAUUUGGUCAUUCGGUCAUUCCCAGGUGCGGAAAAAAAAAAAAAAAAAAAAAGGUUAAGGCUGGAUGGUAUCAGCCUCUGGGAAAAUUCACAUAGGACAACCUCAAGUGAUUUACUUAAUCAUAUUCAUAUUGUUACAGUUUGAACAUUUUUUUCUUUUAAGUGCCAACAUUUCCUAAGAGUUUACAGUUACAGAGAUUACCAAUUUCUCUAAACCAAUAAUAUAUCAACCUCUGCAAUAUGAUCUAAAUAUUGUAGCCUAAUUAUUGGAGGUCAGUGGACGAUCUAGGGUUUCUUCAUUACUUUUUAUAGUUAAGUUUCCAUAAUAUUUCAAUGACUUGAUGUAGAUAAGCACUCAAGUAGCAAUUCGCCGAUUUGUAUACACACUUCUUUUACCUCUAUGAUAAGCACUGCAUCUUAGUGUUGUUCAUGUGAUGCCGUUUUAGUCACCGCUAGAGCUUUUUAAACCACUGUCUGUAUUUAUGCAAGUAUUUAUUCUUUUAUUUUUACCUCAUGUAUUCAUAAUGGAAACUGAAUGUUUGUGUUGUUUGCUCUAAAUAACUCAAUUUGUUAUCAUUAGGGAUGCAUCGAUAUCUUUUAUUUUUAUUAUAAAAUAAUUUUUUUUAUCAUACUGAGACAGAUACCAAAAACAAGUAAGCUACUUAAUGUUACACAAUUACAUUAGAGGCAUCAUGAACGAUAGCUAUGCUUGCCUUGGUUGCCAUCAUGUGCGCGUUAGAUUUUUUAAAUGUUAGUGUUUACAAGGUAUGUUUAAUAGGGACCAUGUGCAAACACAGAGCAGCAUCAGCAAGCCUGGUCAGUAAAUAAGCUGGUCAUGUGCCAUGAAUUGUGCCCAGACCCUGUGCACACUGAUGAAAGGAAGCAUGUAUAUCCCAGAGCAUCAUAUCACUGCUUACAGAACUGAUCACGCCUCCAUGCUCAGCGUUCGCAGAAAUGAAGUCUCAUCUGCAGAACUUUUUCUGCACGCUUGCUCAAUGGAUUCACACUUUCCCUGCUCUCAUUUACAAUUCUGUUUAUAUGCCAUAUGAUGUUUUAUCAGGCUACUUGUAUUGCCGGAGGACAAUAUAGUUCCUCCUCUUGAUGUUUUCAGAGAACAGUUUGCAGUCUGCCUUUUUGUGAUUGCCAUCAUACAUCAUGGAACACAUCCAGAUUGCUGUCACAUUCUGACAUCUGUUCCUUAGUAUGACAAAUAGACUACGCUAGGCUUUACAUUACAUUGUCUUAUGCAGUAUUGGAUGUUGGCAUUUCUUUCUUUUUUAAGAGUACCAGCAAGCGAGCACGGUAUUGACCAGUACUCGUUUUAGUAUCGGUGUCGAUGCAUCCCUAGACAUUAUACGCCUUAGUGUUUUAAAAAGGGUACCCAUGACCACUGGAAAACGUCAAACAGCAUCAGAUACAUGCUUUAAAAUAAGUGCAAUUGACUUGAUUAGUAUUGUAUAACAAGACAGGAAACUGGCAUUCAUUACGGUUGAAUACGUCCUGACUGUAUUUAGAGUGCAUGUGUAGUCUGUUGCCGAUGCGACAUUUGUGUCUUAAUCCUGUUCAAACGUCAGCUACCUGCAGCUCCUCCGCUGUCACAUGUUCACACAGGGCCUGUAAUGGACUCAGGAUGAGAUGCAACAAAGUGAUUUGGAUGUGCCUUAGAUGGGUUCGGAACUCAUCUGUAGUGGUCAUCUGUUUGUAAAUUGCUUAAAAUUACAUGUUUAAUCCGUAGUACUCAUCUUCUGUAUUGCAUGAAUAUUGCACAUUUCAUGUCUUUAAAUAAUCAGCAAUUUUCAUAUUAUUUAUUAAAAUGCUGCGCUAAACUCAUGGCUGUUUCUGUUUUAUGGUAAUAAAUAUGGAGAAAGUGAAGUAUAUUAAGACAGCACAAGUUCUCAUGCUUAUUGCAUUGUACAGUUGAGUGCAAAACUUUGCAAACCCCCAUUCUAUGAUUGCUUUAAACUGGCAGCAAUGAAAACUUAAUUUAAGGGUUAUCUAUAUAAAUAAAAGAAAGGUAAGAACUCAA